AUGGGUAGAGAAAGAAGCGCAGAACGUCGACGAUCUCGUUCUCGAGAUAGACGUGAGAGGGAUCGUCACGAUGACCGCGAUACUUAUAAAGAUAAAUUAAAACGACGUGAUAGAUCCCGAAGCCCCAGGAAAGAGAAAUCCCGUAGUCCUUUGAAAAAGGAAUCAGACGUUCGUUCUCGUAGCCCGAGAAGAGAAAAAGAACGUUCCAGAAGUCCGAUUCGUAAAGAACGCGCCCGCUCGAGAAGUCCACGUAAACGUGAUGGCAAAGAAAAAGACCGGCGGCCAGAUGACAGAGAGAAAAAUAAAACUAAAAAGGAAGAAGAAAAACCUGAGGACGAACCCAAAAUGGAAGAAGAACCUAAGCCAGUUAAACGGGAGCCGCUAUCACUAGAAGAGUUACUCGCCAAAAAGAAAGCUGAAGAAGAGGCGCGAAGUAAACCAGUGUUUUUAACAAAGGAACAACGAGCAGCCCUGGCGCUAGAGAGACGCAGAGAACAAGUCGAAGCAAUGAGAGCUGCGGAACGACCAGCUGCGGUGGCGACUAUAGAUCUUACUGGAACUUCAAGGAAGGAGGAUGAGAAAAAAUACCGCGAAGACAGAGAAAAAGAGAGGGAACACGAAAAAGAGCGAGAAAGAGAAAGGGAGCGGGAGAGAGAGAAAGAAAGGGAAAGAAGACACGAAGAGAGAAAGUCAGGAAAUGAUCGUAACAGAGAUGAGAAAAAAGACAAGAAUGAAGAAUACAGCAAAACUAAAGACAAAGAAAGAGAAGAAGAAGCUAUCAAAGCGAGGUACUUGGGUAUAGUAAAGAAAAAGCGACGAGUGAGACGGCUAAAUGAUAGGAAGUUUGUAUUUGAUUGGGAUGCCUCUGAAGACACAUCAAAUGAUUACAAUGCACUUUAUAAGGAGAGACAUCAAGUGCAAUUUUUCGGACGCGGCCACAUUGCUGGCAUUGAUAUUAAAUCACAGAAAAAGGACUACUGCAAAUUCUAUGGCAAUUUGUUGGAGAAAAGGAGAACGGAAUUGGAGAAAGAACAGGAGAAAUCUCGUCUAAAGAAAGUCAAGAAGAAGGAAGACAAACAGAAAUGGGAUGACAGGCACUGGUCGGAGAAAGAUCAAGAUGAGAUGACAGAAAGAGAUUGGAGAAUCUUCAGAGAGGAUUAUAAUAUUACUUUGAAAGGUGGAAGAAUACCUAAUCCGAUUCGUUCAUGGAAAGAAGCUAACUUUCACGAAGAUAUUAUGGAAAUUAUUAGCAAAGUUGGCUACAAAAGCCCUACGCCCAUUCAACGACAAGCCAUUCCAAUUGGUCUCCAAAAUAGGGACAUAAUUGGUGUUGCUGAAACCGGUUCUGGUAAAACAUUAGCAUUUCUCAUACCAUUGCUUACUUGGAUACAGUCUCUGCCUAAAAACGAGAGGAUGGAGGAUGCUGAUCAAGGCCCGUACGCUAUAAUUCUGGCACCUACCCGUGAAUUGGCACAACAAAUUGAGGAAGAAACAAAUAAGUUCGGUAUACCGCUUGGCAUAACAUCUGUCGUUGUUGUGGGAGGUCUGUCGAGGGAGGAGCAAGGAUUCAAGUUACGUCUAGGAUGUGAGAUCGUCAUUGCCACACCGGGUCGUCUUAUUGACGUACUAGAAAAUCGAUAUCUUGUGCUCAAUCGCUGCACCUAUGUCGUUCUUGACGAAGCCGAUCGUAUGAUAGACAUGGGUUUCGAACCUGAUGUACAAAAAAUUCUCGAAUACAUGCCUGUGUCUAACAUCAAACCCGACACGGAUGCCGCCGAGGACGCAUCAGUACUUCUUGCUAAUUACAACUCUAAAAAGAAAUUCCGUCAAACCGUGAUGUUCACGGCUACUAUGCCACCGGCCGUUGAGAGACUCGCUCGAACAUAUUUACGCAGGCCGGCCAUAGUGUACAUCGGAUCGGUUGGCAAACCAGUCGACAGAACAGAACAGGUCGUCUUCAUGAUCAGUGAGAAUGAGAAACGCAGGAAGCUAACCGAGAUAUUACAACGCGGAGUCGAACCACCGAUCAUUAUAUUCGUCAACCAAAAGAAGGGUGCAGAUGUACUCGCGAAAGGUUUGGAGAAACUGGGUUUCAAUGCUUGUACAUUGCAUGGUGGUAAAGGCCAGGAACAACGUGACUUCGCUCUGGCUUCCCUCAAAAAUGGUUCGAAGGAUAUACUAGUCGCUACAGAUGUAGCCGGUCGUGGUAUUGAUAUUAAAGAUGUCAGUGUGGUCAUUAAUUAUGAUAUGGCUAAGAGUAUAGAGGACUACACACAUCGCAUUGGUCGUACCGGUCGUGCUGGCAAGACUGGUAAGGCUGUAUCAUUUGUUACUAAAGAGGAUUCUGCUAUAUACUAUGACCUGAAGCAAGUGCUACUUGCUAGCUCAGUUUCCACAUGCCCUCCAGAGUUAAUGAACCAUCCCGAGGCUCAACACAAACCCGGUACUGUGGUCACCAAGAAGAGAAGAGAGGAAAUGAUAUUUGCUUAA